AUGACUUACUCAGCAAUCACCUCAUCGAAUGUACCCACUCAAAACAUGAUGGGCCACUUUUACCAACAUUCUGUCGCGGGACCUCACGGUCGACCAUCGAUUAUGUCUACUGCUCACCAACGCUAUUUCAACAACUACACUCGUCCUCCAUUGAUUUUAUGUGCUCCCAAUGGACUGAUCAUGCCAUCCUCAAUACCACCUUUCAAUUCUCCUCCUCUCAACAGGCUCAAACGGUUUCAAAGGAAACGCAACCAGUUGUUCAAACGAUAUCAGAAUCAACCAACCAUUCUCCGAGAACGAUUACCCGUUAUCGAGAAACUCAUCAGCGAUCUGCAACAGGAGAUCUCCAUCCAACAAACCAUUCGUGCGGGUAAAAUGUGGCGUGAACAGGGUGAAACGUCUGCAGGAUACCUCAAACGCACGGUCGCCACUAGACAAAUUCAACGCACCAUCAUCUCUGAACUAUGCAACACCAUCCCUGCCUCAGCACAGAUCCCAGUAAACAGCCAACCCACCUUGGAGACGCCAUUUACCAUCGACGAGAUUAUGACUGGUGCACAGCGGUCGCCCAACCAUAGCAGCCCAGGUACGGAUGGCCUACCCUAUGAAAUCCUAGCGGUGCUACUAUGCCACCAACAAACAGCCCAACUUGCUCAUGCCGUCUUCAAGGAGGCUCUUACCCUCGGUGUCUUUCCCGAUAGCUGGCUCACUACUUGCAUGUGUCUGCUCCCUAAAAAGGGCGAUCUCACAAACCUGAGGAAUUUUCGUCCCAUCUCGUUAAUCAACUGCGAUGCCAAAAUCUUCACACGCCUGCUCAACCAGCGUCUGAUGCCACAUAUGCAACAAUUAAUCAGCCCCCAACAACUUGGAUUCAUGCCGAACCGCUUCAUUGGCGAGCACGGCUUCACAUUACUGUUGCAUACAAGCAUGCAUCUUAGGCAACAUUCACUUUCUCCUCAAGCCACCUUUUACAAUGUAGCAGCAUAG